ACGCACACUAAAAAAAAAAAGAAAAAAAAAAGUCUUAAUUUGUUUCUGGUUUUCUCUGUCGUUUCGUUCCCUUAAUCUUUGAUCUCUGAGUUACAAGUUAUAACAAAAGAAAUAAACAACACAUAUAAAUAUUUGUUAGAAAAGAUAUAUAUGAUCAUGGGUUUUCUUCACAAACUAUGGGACGAAACGUUGGCGGGUCCAGCACCGGAAACGGGUCUGGGGAAGCUCCGAAAGUACAACUCGUUCUCCGGCGGAAGCUCCGUCCGGUCAACGGUGGCGGAGCAUGUUCCGAUAAGUCGCAGCAUCACCAUUGUUCGCUCCCAAUCUGGUUUCGGAACCACCACCACCACCUCUGCUCCUUCUGCGCCUACCACCCCUCGCACCCCCUUGACUCCGGAGGCACCAGGCGGUGAUUUCAAGAAGCUCACGAGGAGAAAAUCGUCAACAGUGGAGAGUGCCGAGAAUAGAAGUCCGACAAUUUACGAUUGGGUGAUUAUGAGUGCUUUGGAUCGUUGUUGAGAGGGGAAAUGAGAUGUUUUGGCUUUGAAAUUUGAAUAUCAUGAGGCAGAGGCAGAGGGAUUACGUUUAAUUUCUGUACAAACGGCAACACAGAUUCUAAUUUCCAAAAGGGAAUCAUCAAUCAUAUCAUAAUAUGCAUGGCACCUUAUUAUUAUUAUAUAGUAUAUGUAAAUAUGAGUACCUACCAAUAAAAUGGCUCGGAUGAUGCAGGGUCUUUUCAGCAGAUUGAACCAAUGCUUCAUGGAAUUCUGAGGAUGUAAAGGAGUAGAAAUCCAGCUUCUGUAUAUUAGUAUAUAUGGUUUUAACUUGUUUUUCCUUUUGAAUUUUUUGGCUGUUGUAAAUACGAAUUCUGUACUCUGAAAUCUCUAUGAUCAGUUGAAAUCGAUGAAGCUAGAAAGUAGUUAUUAUAUUUGUUAA